AUGCCCGGUCUAUCCAUAUCCUAUUUUCCGGACGGCAGGCAAAUGGUCAGCGCGUCACGGGAUGGGACCACUCGGCGAUGGGACCUUGAGGUGGGGAAGGAGAUUGAGGAGGCGCGGGAUGUUUGUACUCACUGGGAGGAAGUACAUUCGGUGGCGGUAUCGAGGGAUGGUAAAUGGGUUGUCAUGGGUGGUAGAUAUGGGAGGCUCAGAGUCUAUGAGGUUGAGACGGGGGUCGUGAGAACGUUCCAAGGCAACUCACGAUCACAAGAGAUCAGCUGCAUCGACAUCUCCGUGGACAGCACGCUGCUGGCGAGCGGAUACGAUUCGACAGUGCGGAUAUGGAGCUUGGAGACUGUCAAAGUCGUGGCUGGUCCAUUCCGCAGUAUCAACAAAGUGGGCGCAGUCCGAUUCUCGCAAGACUCGAAGAAGAUUGCGGUCAUGUCACAUCUGGGGAAGUGUCUUGAGGUUUGGGACGUCCAAACACAGCAUUUGGAUGUCAGACUGGGGGAAGCUUACUAUGUCAUCCACCGGACAUCAUCUGCUCCAGUGUUCUGGACUACCGGAGACAAGACCAUUGUAGCCGCAUUCAGCUUCAAGACUAUUAGCUCCCCAAACACGAUCUACGAGUUUGACGCGUCUACACUGGAAACGGUCGGAACUCCCUUCAAAGAGCAGACCAAUACCAUCAAUGGUCUAGCACUUUCAUUCGAUUGUGCUCUCCUCGCUAGUGCUUCUAAUGACAAUACCAUCAAACUCUGGGCCUUCGAGUCCCGCCAACUCCUCGCCGUAUUCGAUGUUCUGAAUCCCCACUACCUUAUAUUCUCGCCCAACUCCCGCAAACUGGUCUAUACGGCCGGGCACGACUCCAGGAUUUACUUGUGCAGCACCCAACCUGAGAUCCUUGCUAGCAUUCAGCCUGCAAAACAAGGGCCUAAGACCAGUGCUCCUGUACAUACACCCCUAGCUGAUCUACCCAACGUAUGGUCAUUGCCUCAGGACCUCCUGUACACCCUCGGAGGACCCGCGCUAGAUCUCCCCGGUGCACCAGGAGCGUCUGUCAUAGCUCUUCCCCCUCCUUCUCCUGUAUUAAGCUCACGGCUGCCCGAGUCAUCCUCUUACCCCUACGACGUCACCCCCACAGUUCUUCGCGUUCGCGACCAUGAUUCUAGUGAUUUGCCUCCUGAAGCCAGGCUCCGAAACCUUACGGGAUACAUUACCAAGGACGGAGACUAUCCUGUUGCUCGUGGCGGGUUCGGCGAGAUCUGGAAAUGUACCUAUCACAACGAUCAGAGAUUGAUUAAAGUUGCAGUGAAAGCGUUGCAUGUGUACGCUGCUGAUCAACUUGGUGUAGCUAAGACGAAGAAGCUCAAGAGGAUAAAUCAUGAGCUCAGAAUAUGUGCUAAUCUCGAGCACAAAAAUAUUCUACCAGUUUAUGGUUAUACUAAAGGGUUCGGCCCAUUUAUAGCGCUGGUCAGUCCUUGGGCGGAGAAUGGAAACCUGACCGCCUAUUUGGAGCGCGAGGGUGCGGAUAUUACUCUUGUUAGACGAUUCCAGGUCCUCAAGGAUAUUAUAGCUGGUCUUCAAUAUCUACAUGCUAACAGUGUCAUCCAUGGUGACUUCAAUGGGCCUAAUGUGCUCAUCCACGGUGAUGGUACUGCGUGUGUCGCCGACUUCGGUCUCUCCUUGAUGUAUUCGGAGGUUAUAAGCGCCUCUCAGGCUUCCUGGACAUCCACGCUCAAAGGAAAUGCACGAUGGAUGGCUCCUGAGCUGCUUGAAGAUCGGGAUGAUGGAUCGCAAGUGCGGCCAAGCAAACAGAGCGACAUGUAUUCAUUCGGCGGUAUCAUGUUACAGGUCCUCACCAACAAAAUUCCCUAUCAUCACCUCUCGAAUGAUGCCGCCAUCAUCUUAUGCAUAGCCAAGUCGCAAACACCUUCCCGAUCUCGUUAUACUCCGCUCCCUGACAAAUACUGGGAGUUUAUCGAGCAAUGUUGGUCUACUGAUCCUCGGGACCGUCCAUCGACAAAGGCAGCUGGCAGAGUGAUCAGGAAUGAAUAUCAUGCGUUGUCCAGAUCCUCUUGA